GGGCUUUCCACCAAGACCCCAAUAACAUGUACCGGAAAGUUUAAGAGCAUGAAGUAAACAUUGGACCGAAGACUCGGAUAAAAGUGACUUCCAGCUCCCCCAGCAGCUACCAUGAGCAGCCUGUCCCCUGAGGUGGCCCUGCACCGCAUCGCGGCAGAGCUGCGGCCGCUGCUGGUCAGUCUGGUGAGGAACGGCCGCGUGGGGCUGGACUCCACCAACUGCCUGCGCAUCACAGACCUCAAGACUGGGUGUACAUCUAUGACUGCAGGUCCUUGCUGUGACCGAUUUAAACUUCACAUUCCCUAUGCCGGAGAAACCCUUAAAUGGGAUAUCAUGUUCAAUGCACGGUAUCCAGAACUGCCUCCUGAUUUUAUUUUUGGAGAAGAUUCAGAGUUUCUCCCAAACAUCUCAGAGUUGCCUCACAUGGACCGCUGGGAUGCUGGGAACCCCGAGUGCUUACUCCUGCUGGUGAAGGAGCUGCUGCACCAGUACCACCGCUACCAGUGUCAGCGUCUGAGUGAGAGCUCCAGGCUGCUGUUUGAGUACGACAGCCUGCUGGAGGAACCAAACUACGGCAGCAACCUGGAGGUUUACGCUGGACAGAACAGCUGGACAGGGGAGUUCUCAGCACGCUUCCUUCUCAAACUUCCUGUGGAUUUCAGCAACAUCCCAGUCUAUCUCCUUAAGGACACAGCGCUGGACCCGGGCGAGGACGUGGCCCUUCUGUCGGUGAGCUUUGAGGAUGCUGAAGCUACGCAGGUCUUCCCUAAACUCUACCUCUCUCCAGGCAUCGAGCACGCUCUCGGAGGCUCUUCAGCUCUUCAUAUCCCUGCAUUUCCUAGUGGAGGAUGUCUAAUUGAUUAUGUCCCUCAAGUGUGCCAUUUACUCACAAACAAGGUACAGUAUGUUAUCCAAGGCUAUCACAAGAGGAGGGAGUACAUCGCUGCUUUUCUCAGCCACUUUGGAAUGGGAGUGGUGGAGUAUGAUGCUAAGGGAUUCACAAAACUCACCCUUCUACUUAUGUGGAAAGACUUUUGCUUUCUAGUGCACGUGGAUCUCCCGCUGUACUUCCCGAGGGACCAGCCCACCCUCACCUUCCAGUCCGUGUACCACUUCACCAGCAGCGGCCAGCUCUACUCUCAGGUGCAGACGUCGUAUCCGUACAGCCCUCGCUGGGAUGGCAACGAGAUGGCCAAGAGAGCCAAGGCGUACUUCAGGAGCUUCAUCCCUCAGUUCCAAGAGGGAGCGUUUGCCAACGGGAAGCUGUAGUUAUCUCCUGCUUCAUGACACGCCUGGAGACUCGCAUGCAAGUUGAUGCUUGAACGUUUGUGCUUGGCUUUGUGUAGCUGAUCAGAGGUUGCACAGACGUGACGGUGUGUUCACUGCAGUUGUUAAAAUGCUGUCGUGCUCCUUAAACUCCCUGUUGUAUUGUGUUGCUGACAUGACUGCACUAUGGUUACUGACAACAUUUGUUUUACCAUGAUUGCUUUCCAAUAAAACAUGUUAUUCUUGACCCUGUCAUUGAUUCAUCUGCAAUGUAAAUGGGUUUUCACACACCAGAUACAUUGUUAAGAAUAUCCUGUAGUUGCAAUUGUAUAGUAAUAGUACAGGUAAUAGUACACAUUUUCAAAAACCACAAAGUUGUGCCAUUAAAAAAAAAAAGAAGAAUCCAUCAAAUGUUUUUUAAAGUUUGUCUUUUCCUACAAAAUGCUCACUUUCUGUCAAGGUGAAGUACUAAACAACGCUGUUGCCAUAAAUAUAUACUAUGAGUAACUUGCUAUUCACUCAUUUUGCUCUUUACUAACUAUUUUUAGAAUCUCCCCAAAUAUGUUGAAGUAAACUGUCAAACAUACACCUUAGUAUCUGACGCAUUUACAACCCUUGCUGAUUCUGUUUGCCCUAAUCAUCAGUGCAUCCCUCUAUUCUGGAGCCGGCGUAGACAGGAGAAGUGUGUGUGCGUGCACAUGCCCUGCAUGUGUGUGUGUGCUCGCUUGUUUUCAUCAUUAAAUAUGAGGGUCAUAGUUAGGGGUCCUUCCAAGCCCAAGGCGCAGCCUUUUGCUAUAUUUAUUGUUGGUAAAGCAGCAACUGUCAAGUCUAAUUGAGAAUUAUGGGGUGAAUGUAUCUGGGGCAUUUAAUAACAUCAGGGAUCUUAAUAAAAUAAUUUAAAAAAA